AGUCUAUCGGUUCCUAUUUUUCCAAGAAUGGCAGAUGCACCUUUUUUCGGCUAUCUUGGGGCAGCUAGCUACAAUCAUCUCUGAAGAGGCAGGACAACAGGUUAAACUGGUCACUGGUGUUGAGAAAGAAAUCAACAAGCUCAAAAGCAAAUUUGAGUCCAUCCAGGCUUCGCUUCAUGAUGCUGAGGAAAGGCAGAUCAAGGAUAGAAGCAUCCAGAAUUGGUUGACCAAGCUUAAAGAUGUUAUAACAUGGAGGAUGUGUGAAAGCAAAAGUUGGGAACAACUAAAUCAAGGUUUCAAACCUGCUGCAUCUGGAAGUAGGAUUUUGGUGACAACUAGGAAGGAUACAGUUGUGAAGACCAUGAACUCCGUCCGUAAAUUUCCUCUAAAAGAACUGAGUGACAGUGUAUGUUGGAAUAUAAUUAGCCAAGAAGCAUUUGUUGGAAGAGAUGAGGAAGAAUGUAAAAGUUUAGAGAGCAUUGGAAAGAAGAUUGCAGAAAGAUGUAGUGGAUUGCCACUAGUUGCAAAGACUCUAGGAGGCAUGUUGCGGUUCAAUAAAACAAGAGAUGACUGGAAAAAUAUAUUGAACAGUGAGAUAUGGCAGUUAGAUUUGGUACAAAAGGAAGUAUAUGUUCCUUUACUGUUGAGUUUCUAUGAUUUGCCCUCAGCAUGGAUGGCACAAGAUUAUUUAGGUUCUGAUGAGAAUGCAGAGAUGGAAAUUAGAGGAGCUGAGUACUUUGAUUGCUUGGUGGAACGGUCAUUCUUUCAAGAUCUUGAAGUAUUUGAAGAUGGUAGCAUGUGGGGAUGCAAGAUCCAUGACAUAACAGUUCACUUUGCCACAUUUUUUAUGGGAAAUGAAGUUGUGUCCGAAGAUCUCCAUUGUGAUGGAAAGCUUUCUUUAGAGAAAACUCGCCAUCUAUUGGUAAGGCAGAUGCCUGGGACAAGUUUUCCUAUGCUUCUUGCUGCAGAAAAGUGACGGAGCCUGACCAUGUUCCACAUUGAUGAAAAAGAAACCAGUCAAGCUUUGUGCAAAUUAUUUCUUGAACCAAAACGUGUGCGUUCAUUGAAUUUCUAUAGGGGUCGUGUUAUUGGUGGAUUGCCAAAAGAAGUAGGCAAAUUGCUGCACCUUAGAUUGCUUAACUUGUCUCUCAGUAUGUUCAAAAGAUUGCCUGAAGCAGUAUGCGAAUUAUGUAAUUUGCAAUCUUUACGUAUGCCUUACUAUAGUCUUCUACGGGGAUUACCGAAUAAGAUGGAGAAGUUGGU